CGCUCUGCCCUACCUCGAGCAGUCGCUGAACGCGAUCUUGUCUGCCAGUUUUAGCAGCGGUUCUAUCUGGAUCCUCCGUACACAACCUACGACAAUUACUGAUAAUUACUGAAGACCUUUUCUUCUUUUGGAAGACCGUUCUCACCAUGGGCGACAAGAAGAGCCCUACCAGGCCGAAAAGACAAGCUAAACCAAGUGCUGACGACGGAUUUUGGGACUGUAGCGUCUGCACCUUCAAGAACAGUGCAGAGGCUUUUAAAUGCAGCAUCUGCGAUGUGAGGAAGGGCACAUCGACAAGGAAACCCAGGAUCAACUCCCAGCUGGUGGCCCAGCAGGUGGCUCAGCAGUACGCCACGCCUCCCCCACCCAAGAAGGAGAGGAAGGAGAGGCCUGAGAGGGAGCACGACCCAGACGGGGAGCUGGUGGAUGUGGAGGGGGAGCACCAUGAGGGAGUGCGUCCGGAGAGAGUGAGGCCAGAUGAAGGAGAAUCUCCCCUGGAUAACGGCAGGAAGGAGACACCAGACAAUGACAAAGCAGAGAAAAUGAAAGAGGUAAAAGCGGAGGAGGAGGAGAAAGAGGAGGAGGAGGAGGAGGAGGAGAAAGAGGAGGUGAAAGAGGAUGAGAAAGAGGAGAAAGAGAUCAGCCCAACCAGGCCCAUCACCAAGAGACCCAGCCUCAAGGAGAUCAGCCCAACCAGGCCCAUCAUCAAGAGACCCAGCCUCAAGGAGAUCAGCCCAACCAGGCCCAUCACCAAGAGACCCAGCCUCAAGGAGAUCAGCCCAACCAGGCCCAUCACCAAGAGACCCAGCCUCAAGGAGAUCAGCCCAACCAGGCCCAUCACCAAGAAACACAGUCUCAAGGAGAUCAGCCCAACCAGGCCCAUCACCAAGAAACACAGUCUCAAGGAGAUCAGCCCAACCAGGCCCAUCACCAAGAAACACAGCCUCAAGGAGAUCAACCCAACCACGCCCAUCACCAAGAAACCCAGCCUCAAAGAGAUCAGCCCAACUAGGCCCAUCACCAAGAAACCCAAUAACAAAGAGAUCAGCCUAGUCAGGCCCAUCAUCAAGAAACCCAACAUCAAAGAGAUCAGCCUAGCCAGGCCCAUCACCAAGAAAUCCAGCAUCAAAAAGAUCAGACCCAAGACAGACAUUCACCAGAGUCCACCUAGUGAUAAACACAGUGUACAAUCUGGGAAGUCAACAACCAAGACCACCAACUCUCACAUCUCCAGGCCCAAACUGAAGAAUAUUGACCGGAGCACCGCCCAGCAGCUAGCGAUAACGGUGGGGAAUGUGACGGUCAUCAUAACAGACUUUAAGGAGAAGACCCGUUCCUCCUCCACAUCCUCAUCCACCGUGACAUCCAGCGCAGGCUCUGAGCAGCAGCAUCAGAGCUCCGGCUCCGAGAGCAUGGACAAGAGCUCGACUCGCACCUCCACUCCCAAAGGAGAGCUCUCUGUGGGGCAAGAUGAGUCCUUCUGAGCCCUCCAGUCCAGAUGCUCUGAGAGGACUCUGUGGAUGGGAUCCCUUAGGGGGAGAUAUUUCACCUUCCUACUGCUGCCCUACCCCCUGCACCCAUCUCCAUUCCAUCACCAUCCCUGGAUGCUGAGAGAGCUCGCUGAUUGGAGCGGCCCCAGCGUCUGCCUGAUGGUUAACGUCUAACCAUGGGUACACGUUGUGCAUGGCCCAUGCGGGAGAGUGGGGCUGACAGGAAUAAUGUACUGUUUUAUAUUUGUAUGUGGAUAUGUGGCUGAUUCAACAUUUUUGUUUUUGUAUAAAGAAAUUAUCUGCACAAUAACCACCAUUUUAACAACUCUGAAAUAUUAUUACCCUUAUUUAUUACUUGUUUCACCUGUAUAAUUUUAGACUUUUCUUGUUGAGGCUUUGCUUUAUAGUGCUACCUAUCGCUCCCCUUGACACUAUUUUUGAUGGUUGUACUGGUAGGAUAGGACAAGGCUUGAUACACCCACACAAUGGUGCUAGAUAGAGACAGACUGUGAAACAGUUUCCAACGUGGGACGGUCGUUCACACAAUACAACAGUGCUAAUAACCCAGAAAUGUUCGCUUUCUCUCGUCCACUCUUUCUCACACUAUCACUCUCCUACAGUGAGUGUGGACCUCUGUGUAGUCUGGUCUUUCAGGUUGAUAUGUAGAGGUCAAUGUGUAGCAUAAAAGGGUAACCUGUUUGAUUUGAAAAUCCUACGACGUAAACUCAACACACCCAAACCUUUUCUUCUAGCUUUCUUUGUCUAUGAUUUAGUUUGAUAUAGAAUUGAUGGCCUGUCUUUAACUGUAUGGUGUAGGCGAUAGUGAAAAACACUAAAGUUGUUGGAUGUUUUUUGCAUUCCGUCGCUUCAAUAUUGUUUAGCCAUUUGAGGGAUGGAGUGGGACCCUCUGCUUUGAGACAGGUUUAUUUCUGUAGUGACUGAAGGUAAGUUUAGAUCCACCUGUUAAGACCAGAGUUUGAACUGUAAUAUAGUGAUUCCCUCUACCGUUUAUAAUAUCCAGCUGACGCUAAGGGACUUCAGCUUGUAAUAAGUCCUAGCUAACGUUUAGCCUACUAAUCUUCUUUUCAAAUUCUGUUUACAAAGUUGUAAUUUUCCAGUCCGUUUUGUGCAAAUGCCUGGACAGAUUGAGAAUUGAUUUGAGUGACUUAUUCUGAUAAGAUAUAUUUAAGACUCCCAAUAUGUAGGCAAGUGAAGGCAGAAACAUUGCAAGUAGAUGAUAUAAUAGAAUAUUGCAUUUUGUUUUGAAUUUUCAAAGCAGUUACAGCUUACCUAAAUAACCAAUUAAAUGGUUCUAAUUCUCCUUUAGACAAAUAUAGACAAACACAAUUUCCUCUUAACUGUAAUAAAUUGUAUAAAGAAUAAAUGUGUAUAUGAUAUCUUAGUUUUAUUUAUUGAAGGACCAAAGGAAUUUCAUAAUGACAUGAUACAUAGACAAAUGAAUAACAAUUUGAGAUGCAAUUAUAAAAUGUGUGAAAUGAAAUACAUUUUAAAUAAAGACUAAUAUAAUCCA